CAGCGGUUCAAAGCCCCGAUAUCCAUUAAAUAUCCGAUUUGUUUCUUUUUUUUUAAACACAUCCAAAGGAUCCCGUGACGGCGUUUUUGUGAUCGAUGUGCCAAAAGUGCCAGGCUACGUGGGCUAAGAAUUGCAAUUGGCUUACGAAGAGCACAAGGAAAGCACAAAAGGAUUGACAGAGAACAGAAAUAUCAGAAGUUCCAUUACUAUAUUAUCUACAAGAAGGAGCUAAGAAGCAGAAAAAACAAUUUACUAAAUAAGCUAUAAACGGAUUAUCUACAGUGGAGUUGUGAGAAAUCAAAAGUAUACGAAAAGCAAAGGAUCGACAUAUAUCUAGACAAUCAGAGAGUAAUUCCAGUUUCCAAAACCCCAUAAUAAAUGGUAAACAUCCCAACAAGAACCUCCUACAAAUAAUCAAAAAGGAAAGCACAAAGCACAGUGGCACAAAGCACUCAAGCAAAGCGGCCUUGAAAGCAAGCAAAGCCUAGUAAAAAUCGGGCACUAUCAGGGCCCCGCCAUGCACAAAAGAAAGAAACGCUAGACCUUAGAGAAGUGAGCAGAAGAAAGAGUACACAAAACUAGACCGAAGAAACAAGGGACAAGAAAGUAAACACCCAUCGCAAUCAGGGUAUAAUCACACCCAGCACUACAGAACAAACCCCUGCCUCAAGAUGGUGCUAAACCUCCUCUUCAUAACCACUGUGAUCAAGUCCACAUUCGGUGUGGUGACCACGGGGCUCUGGCUCAUUCCCCUGAUGCUGGCCGCCAUCACAUACUAUCGCUACGAUGCCGUGGACCCCGAAUCGAGGCCCCUGGACCAACUGAAUCUCUUUCCCGAGUACGACUUCAUUGUGGUGGGCAGUGGUUCGGCGGGCGCUGUGGUGGCCAAUCGAUUGAGCGAGGUGCGAAAAUGGAAAGUACUGCUGAUAGAAGCCGGUCCCGAUGAAAACGAGAUCUCGGAUGUGCCAUCGCUGGCGGCCUAUUUGCAGCUGAGCAAAUUGGACUGGGGCUACAAGACGGAGCCCUCGACGAAGGCCUGUCUGGGCAUGCAGAACAAUCGAUGCAAUUGGCCCAGGGGUCGUGUCCUGGGCGGCAGUUCGGUGCUCAACUAUAUGCUCUAUGUGCGAGGCAAUCGCAACGAUUACGAUCACUGGGCCUCGCUGGGAAAUACUGGCUGGGACUACGAUCAUGUGCUGCGGUAUUUCAAGAAGUCCGAGGACAAUCGCAAUCCCUAUUUGGCCAACAACAAGUAUCAUAGUCGUGGAGGACUGCUGACGGUCCAAGAAUCGCCCUGGCACUCCCCGCUGGUCGCCGCCUUCGUGGAGGCCGGAACUCAGAUGGGCUAUGAGAAUCGUGAUAUAAAUGGAGCCCAACAGGCGGGCUUUAUGAUCGCCCAGGGAACCAUUCGCCGAGGCUCGAGGUGCUCCACGGCCAAGGCCUUCCUGCGACCCAUACGUUCGCGCAAGAACUUCCAUCUCUCGAUGAACUCUCAUGUGACCCGCAUUAUCAUCGAACCCGGAACGAUGAGGGCCAAGGCCGUGGAGUUUGUGAAACACGGCAAGGUCUAUAGGAUAGCAGCCAGGAGGGAGGUGAUCCUAUCGGCAGGGGCCAUCAAUACGCCGCAACUGAUGAUGCUUUCCGGCCUGGGACCACGAAAACAUCUCGAAAAGCAUGGCAUACGAGUCUUGCAGGAUCUGCCCGUGGGUGAGAACAUGCAGGAUCACGUGGGAAUGGGCGGACUCACCUUUUUGGUGGACAAGCCCGUGGCAAUUGUUCAGGAUCGCUUCAAUCCCACGGCCGUGACCUUUCAGUAUGUGCUGCGCGAACGAGGACCCAUGACCACUUUGGGCGGAGUCGAGGGUCUGGCCUUCGUCCACACACCCUACUCGAAUCGCAGUCUCGACUGGCCGGACAUUCAGUUCCACAUGGCACCGGCCUCCAUUAAUUCCGACAAUGGAGCUCGGGUGAAGAAGGUGCUGGGCCUCAAGGAAUCGGUGUACCAGGAGGUGUACCAUCCCAUAGCCAACAAGGACAGUUGGACGAUAAUGCCGCUGCUCCUGAGACCCAGAUCGCGGGGUUCCGUGAAGCUGCGAUCGGCGAAUCCCUUUCACUAUCCCCUAAUCAAUGCCAACUACUUUGACGAUCCGCUGGAUGCCAAAACCCUGGUGGAAGGUGCCAAGAUAGCGCUGCGAGUGGCCGAGGCCCAGGUUUUCAAGCAGUUCGGCUCGAGGCUGUGGCGGAAACCAUUGCCGAACUGCAAACAGCACAAGUUCCUGUCCGAUGCCUAUCUGGAGUGCCACGUGAGGACCAUUUCGAUGACCAUCUAUCAUCCAUGUGGCACCGCCAAAAUGGGACCCGCCUGGGAUCCCGAAGCGGUGGUGGAUCCCCGCCUGCGGGUCUAUGGUGUCCGGGGAUUGAGGGUGAUUGAUGCCAGCAUUAUGCCAACGAUUAGCAGCGGCAACACCAAUGCACCGGUGAUCAUGAUAGCGGAAAAGGGCGCCGAUCUCAUCAAGGAGGACUGGCUUACGAAUCCCGAGUAUAAGGUCAAGCGGCAAACCCAUGUAGCAAGAGAUGCGGAGCCAGCUGGUAGCAGCAUUCAAGGCAUCAUCACUCUGCCCGCCAGCAAUAUCACUCAAAGCGACAGCAGCAAUAUCGCCGGCAACAGCAGCAACAUCGAGAGCAUCUUUGGCAACAGCAGCAACAUCAGCAACAUCAGCAACAUCGACAGCAGCAACUUCACACUCAACUAUGCGGAUAGUUAGUGACCCCAAGAUGGGUUAUAUAAACAGAAGGGCUCCAGUCAGCUCCAGAUUUUGUGCUCAGGGCUCGGUUAGCUUUAAACACUCCCAAAGUGUCCACAACGAGAAACAACACAAAAUGUUUGCCAUUGCUAAAGUAAAUUGUUGACAAGGUUGAAAGAGAACUCAACUAAAGCCAGAAUGUGAUUGAAAAGCUUAGGAACUCACAGAAAAUUCUCCACUGGAACCAGAAGCUAUCUUUUAUUAACCAUGAGUCUAUCUUAAUCAUGGGAUCCACCAAAAAAUAUCUACAAAAAAGUACACAACUUUUCUACAAGCUACUAAAGUUAAUUGCAUUAGGAAGACACUUUGUAAGGCCCAUAAAAAUGAUUACAAAAUCCCACUAUUGAACCAGAAGCUGUAGGCAAAUAUAAUCUAUUGCCUCUACUUUAUGAAGCCAUUAAAAGCAGCUCUUUAUAAAAGGUUUACGCCUGAGACUUAACGAACUCAAACUUUAUAUUUCAAACUGUUGUUGGUUUAAAUCUGUCUUUUAUUAAGACAAUGAUUAAAUCUUCAUUAAAAAAAUUGUUCUUAAACUUGAAGUCCAGAAAAGUCGAGGUAUAAUAACGGACUUAACAAAGGAGAGGUUUCGAAACUCGUACUCCCCACUGAAUCUCAUCGCUUGACGUCCUCAAAAACCCUACACAACGAUCCAUUGCAAGACGUAAUCCAGAAAUCGAGUCAUAGAUUAAAUGCUUAGCCUCAACUAUGCUGUAUUCCUAGAUAUAUUAAGUAAUUGUUGUCUUCUUUCUUUUUUUUUUGUUUAUAUAUUAUUUAUGAUAAGCUAGGGGUAGAUAAUUUAAUAUUGUUUGACUAUUUUUAGGAAACUCCCAUAUACGC